GAACGCAUAAAAGUUUACAGAUCUGCCAGUUUGCUCUUUUUUAACGCAAACAAAGAUACUCUCUUCGGAAUUCGAAAUUCGAACACUGAUCAGCUGGAAGUACUGAGAGUCGCAAACACGAAGAGCGAACAGUAGCUUUCCUCUCGCCAGCCGGCUCAACUGGUGGAUCAGAUAGCAGACGGCGGCACUCGACGACGGAAGCAAUUGGGCAGCAGUAGCAGUGACAUGGCAAGGAAUCUGGAAGACAGCCUCAUCCAGGCGAACGCAGACUACGUCAACUUCGACCGGCAUCGGGAGGAGUACACCACCCACUACAAUGCCCUGCGGGACAAGCUGUACACCGAAUGGAAGGCAGCUGGAGUUCUGGGCAAGCUGCUCAAUGGAUACACACUGGGCGGUGGCUAUGGCGAUAACCUGAAGGUAUCGAUGCCAGAUGAGUUUGAUCUGGUGAUUCACCUGGUGUUUCCCGAAAAUGACAAGAUCAUUGUCAAGGCUGAUCGCGCAAAGCCAGGCAAUGUGAUCCUGGACAUGAGCAAGGUGAUGGAAACGAUCUGGAAUCAGGAGCACAACAAGGCGGUCUUCGAGCUCCUAAGGAAGAUAGUAAAUGCCAAGAAUGAGUUGCUGGAGGACAAGCUGCAGAGCUGGCUGCAGGGUGUGAUGACCCAGGCCCUCAACAGGAUGGGCAAACAGAUCGAAGUUGGAGGCGUGGUGUCGCCCCUCUGCUACAAGAAGUGCGGCCCCGCCCACACGAUCUUUGUAAAGGGGCGUUACGAGUACUCGGUGGACUUUGUCCCGGCCAUCAAGCUAUCGGCGGCGCAAUCCGUUUUGGCCCCGGAGCAGAGAAGGCACUUUGGCAACACACCCCACUGGGAUGCCAUUCCCAAGCCCAUGAAGCCAGCCAAAAACGACAACGUUUCCUUCAGAGCCUCGUACUACGAUGCCGAGCGUAGGCUGCUCCACGGCAAGAACAACCUGAAGAAUGCCAUCCGACUGCUGAAGCAGCAUAGGAACACCAAAAACAACAUGGGGAACCUGAAGAGCUAUUACAUCAAGACGCUUUUCCUGUGGGAGGUGACUCGGCGGGACGACAGCUACUGGCAGAAACCCCUCAAAGAGAUACUGAUCGAGAUGCUGGGCAAGUUGGAAGGCACUCUCGCUUUAUCUUCGGGCAAGGGCAAGUUGCUCUUCUUCUGGGACCCCAAACUGGAUAUGAUUGCCGAUCUGAGCGUUAACCAGCGAACGGACAUGUUCAACUGCGUGUCCAAGAGCAAGUACACCUUCUGUCGUGGCGACGGCAACCUCACCGACGACAUUAAAGACAAUGUUAAGGGCUCUUUUAGCAACGGCAAGGGCAAAGGGACAGAGAACAGGCCUUUGAAUGGACAAAGCAAAACAGCGAACCAGGACUGCAAGAAAAAGGAUGAAGAUUGCCAAAAGGAAACCAAACCUAAAGUGAAGCCUAGUCCUGUCAAGUCAAAUGAACCAAAGGGAGAUAAAGUGGAAUUGCCAGGCGCCAAAUUGAAUGCAAAACCCAAUGAUUCCAAGAAAACUGUGGAGGCAAAGGUGCAGCCUACUCCUGUCAAGCAAAAUGCAAAGCCGAAUGAACAGAAAAAGCCUGUGCAGUCCCAGACCGAAGAGAAGUCCAAGGUGCAAGCUGUGGCGGCUCCCAGUAAACCAGUUGCAAAACCCAACGAGGGCCAAACCGGAACCAAAGCCAAGGUUAAGGUCGAGCCUGUCAAACCAAAUCCAAAACCGAACGAACAGAAGGCAGCCAAGGUGGUAACUCCUCCUGUUCAGCCAACCAACCAACCAAAGCAAAAUCCUGCACUUAAACCGAAGCAGCCUGCAAAUAACUCCAAUCCAAAUGGGAAUGGUGCAAAGCCGAAGACCAAUGUCAGCGGAGAUGGUGACUCCAAGGCACAGUCACCUCCUAGUGAGAAACCAGCUGGCACUUGCCUUCUAAGCUAAUUGCAUCAGGGAGACGGGCUGUGAGUG